AUGACGGACCUGCAGCACGCCACAGACACCUCCGGCCUCGCUAUUUCCUUCCCUUCGCAGUCACGCAGCACCGCCAAGCUGCAAAGGAGCGGAACUGCCUCUGUCAGCGAAAAGCGGCCACAACGCCAAACUUCUGCACGGCCGACCAAUCUCACCGACUCGUCCGAACCCAACUCGCUGGUGGACACCCCGAGAGCGCCGCGAGCUAGACAAGGGUCGCGCGACACUCCAGAGUCCACUCCUAAUUACAACACUUCUUCGACCGCUCUUCACACUCCUGAACUUCCUUCACCUUGCCAGGAAUCAACUUGGUCACACUACGCUGGUCGUCUUCGCAAUAUCAGUCAGGUUCACUCGCCGACCGUCUACACGACGCCCACAAGAGCCCGCGCCACACGAGAGUCGUCACCAGCCAACUCUUUGAGAACGGGAACACCGACGACACCGAGUUCCUCGACCUUUACCUUUAUCGCUUCAAAGAUGGCUGCUCUCAAGGCCAUGGCAUCGCCUUCCAUCCCCGGAGCCGGCUGCGGGAACGAACUGAUUGACUUGGAUAUCGAAGCUGCCCUCUUCCCAAAUGGCGGGCCGCAAGAAGGCGAGGCUUUCUCACCAGCGGCGUACAAGAACCUGCAAAUGAACGCCAUCGGACUCCUCCAUCGUUUUCAGACCACGUAUCAGAGCCAGACGAUUGAGUUUCGCACACUCAAGGCCGAAAAGGAAGCCCUCGACGACGAGAAGAGCGAGGUAGAGACCCGCGUGCGCCACGCCAAACUACAACUAGAAGAGGUCGCCCGCAAGGCAGCCGAGAAAGAGGCUGCCAUGCAGGCUUACAUCGAAGAGCUGCAGCGCGAAAACAGAUCACUAGCACAAGACAGACAAUCACAUAUUAGCCGUCCAGCGCCCUCGGUGGUAUCCACAAUGUCUGAGGACCUUGGCGCAGAAGACGACCAGUCCAAGAAGAUGUGGCGCCGCAGUGGCGAUACGUUCAAGACCGAGGCUGGCUCCGACACAGACGAAGAAAGUGUCGCCGAGGCCAGCAUCUUCUCCCGUUCGAGAAGUCCAACUAUCGCCACCACCAUCUAUGAAGUGGGCCCGAUGGAGUCGAUGCCUCGCGGCCGGGCCUCCAUCUCUGGAGCAUCCAUUCACAGCGUGUCCUCGCAGAGGCCACAACAGAUGACUGCCUUCCGCAAGCUGAUGAAGGGCAUCUCUGGCGAGGCUGACAUUCGUACCGUCACCGAGUGCAGCAACUGCCAGGGACAAGAUGCCAGCAUGGCCUGGGACACGGCAAGCCUCAUGCGGGACGAAAACCGUGGUCUCAAGGACCGAGUCACCGAGCUGGAAUCGGCACUCGAAGGCGCGCUGGAUGUAGUAAAUGGACUAGGUCUAUGA